AUGUAUAUCCGAAUGGAGCGAGCGCUACUAUCGACUAUAGAACAGAAUAAAUUAUUAUCUUACAUCUAUCUAUCUAUCUAUCUAUCUAUCUAUCUAUCUCAGUCUUUUCAUUUCUUUCUUUUUUCUAUCUAUCUAUCUAUCUAUCUAUCUAUCUAUCUAUCUAUCUCAGUCUUUUCCUUCCUUUCUUUCUUUCUCAUUUUGUUCAUUUCUUUCUUUAUGUCUUUGUUUUUCUAUCUAUCUAUUUGGGCUCAUUGGCAUCAACCAGAUUGUUUUUUUUCUCAUUCUCAUUUUUUCCUUCUUUUAUUUCCCGCUAUUUUAUUUUGUGAUAACUUUCUUUUUCUUUUCUUUUUCUUUUUUUUGUCACUUUUUCUCUUCGCUCUCCUUUUAGCUUUCUCUCUCUUCUGUUUUUCCAGUGCAGUGUUCUUUAACUUCUCUUUCAUUCACUCUUUGUUUGCAUCUUUCUUCGUUUACAUUUUGCUCUUUUUCAUUCUCUUCUUCUAUAAAUUAUCUUUCAUUCUCUUCUUCUAUAUAGUCUUUUUCAUUCUCUUCUCCUAUAUAGUCUUUUUCUUUCUCUUCUAUAUAUUCUUUUUCAUUCCAUUCUAUAUAUUCUUUUUCAUUCUCUUCUUGUAUAUAGAAUUUUUCAUUUUCUUCUUCUAUAUAGUCUUUUUCAUUCACUUCUAUACAUUCUCUUUCAUUCUCUUCUUCUAUAAAUCUUUUUCAUUCUCCUUCUAUAUAUUCUUCUUCAUUCUCUUCUAUAUAUUCUUCUUCAUUCUCUUCUAUUCUUUUUCAUUCUCCUUCUAUAUAUUCUUCUUCAUUCUCUUCUAUAUAUUCUUCUUCAUUCUCUUCUAUAUAUUCUUCUUCAUUCUCUUCUAUGUAUUUUUUCAUUCUCUUCUUCUAUAUAGUCUUUUUCAUUCUCCUUCUAUAUAUUCUUCUUCAUUCUCUUCUAUAUAUUCUUCUUCAUUCUCUUCUAUGUAUUUUUUCAUUCUCUUCUAUAUAGUCUUUUUCAUUCUCCUUCUAUAUAUUUUUCUUCAUUCUCUUCUAUAUAUUCUUCUUCAUUCUCUUCUAUGUAUUUUUCUUCAUUCUCUUCUUCUAUAUAGUCUUUUUCAUUCUCCUUCUAUAUAUUCUUCUUCAUUCUCUUCUAUGUAUUUUUUCAUUCUCUUCUAUAUAGUCUUUUUCAUUCUCCUUCUAUAUAUUCUUCUUCAUUCUCUUCUAUAUAUUCUUCUUCAUUCUCUUCUAUGUAUUUUUCUUCAUUCUCUUCUUCUAUAUAGUCUUUUUCAUUCUCCUUCUAUAUAUUCUUCUUCAUUCUCUUCUAUAUAUUCUUCUUCAUUCUCUUCUAUUCUUUUUCAUUCUCCUUCUAUAUAUUCUUCUUCAUUCUAUUCUCCUAUAUUACUUCUUCAUUCUCUUCUAUAUAUUCUUCAAUUUUUCUCCUUUAUAUUCAUUUUCUUCUUCUACAUAUUCGUCUGCAUUCUUGUCUAUAUAUUUUACUUCAUUCUCGUCUAUAUAUUCUUCUUCAUUCUCUUCUUUUAUAUGUCCUUUUUAUUCACUUUUUCCAUGCGCUUCUUAUUCUCUUCUUAUAUUUUUCAUUCUUCUUCUAUACCCCCUUUUUUAUUCUCUUCUAUAUCUCCCUUUUUCAUUCUUUUCUUUUCUUUGUCUUUUCAUUCUUAUAAUCUCUUUUUCUUCCUCUUUUUAAUAUCCCUAUUUUAUCCUCUUCUAUUCUAUUAUUUUUCUUUCUUUUCUAUAUCCCUUUUUCUUCUUUUACUUUUCUUUCUACUGCUCUUUACUCUCUGCAUUAUCCGUUUGCCUCUCUUUUCGCACUUUCUUUCUUUCGUCUUUCUCUCCCUAUAUCCCUCUCCCUACAAAGCUACCUACUUCAUAUUUUCUCUUUAUAUUUCUUUCGCUCUCUCUCUCUCUUCUUGA